AUGCACUUCAUAAACGUGGUGGUCCACUUCUGAGGACAUCAAGAGGGGGCUAUGUGGCAUAAAAAAAAGUUGCCAACAUUCAAGACUGAGGCAUAAAUCAGGUCGAGAGUUCUAGACACUCCAGCUUCCUCAGCAACAAACAGCGAGAUCUAUUGACUCCAGCUCCCAUUAAUUCUUUGUUCAAACUAGAGACAUAAAGACAUGCUAGGGUUUUCAUACGGAGAGUUGUUUUUAUUGCUUGGAGCUACUGCGGCUUUAAUUGGACCUAAGGACCUUCCAGUCAUAGCAAGAACUGCUGGGAGGUUAUCUGGCCGUGCUAUUGGCUAUGUUCAAAUGGCCCGUGGUCAAUUUGAGAGUGUCAUGCAGCAAACUCAAGCUCGACAGGUCCACAAAGAGCUACAAGAUACAAUUGCUCAAUUAGAAGCCAUACAACAUGAAAUCCGAACCAUUUCUUUUGUGAAUCCGGGUCCAUUAACCACAAGGCUAGUUGAUAACAUAAAAAACCACUCACCCACUGCUGGUGCUGGUACAUCGAUGGAAAAUGGACCUGAAAAGUCUGAAAGUAAGGGCACAACUAUCAGUAAUACACCCAAGGAUUGUAACUUUAAGCCCUCAACCUCUUCUGAUAUGAACAGUCAAGCAACAGCAUAUGCAAAACUUGCUGAAAUCACAUUAUCAAAACCCAAGUAUGAAAACUGCGAAGCUCUGAAUGAGGUUCCUGAUAAGUCUGGUAAUCUUGUGCUUCCAGUCUCUGCUAAAAGUGCAGGUCUAUUGCCUGAUCAUACAGCUGAAGCAAAGGGAUCUGACAUUGUGCUAGAAGCUAUUAUAGAGGCAGAUGUGGCACAAAAUUCAAAGAAGUUUUUCUCACAGCCCCAAAAUCAAAUGAAAUGAAAUAGAGGUACCUGGUUAUUCAAUAUAAUAGUGUAGCUACUCAGAUUAACCGUUUGGUUGUGUGACAUCUAUCACAUCUGCUGGCUUGGGAAGUGUAUUGAUUUACAAAACCAGGUCAUUCCACCCCAGAUUACCUCCUAGGAGUUCUUACUGUGAUUAGAAUGUCCUUUGGUCCUAACAUAUCAAAAUCCUAGCUCAGCAUACAGAAUUCAAUGCAUGAAGUAUGUAAAACAACUCGGUUAACAACCUCAAUUGAUAUGUAGCCGUUAAGAUUUGCAAACAAGAAUAUCAGUGUGAAGUUAAAUUCAGGGUUAAUCAAAGACACAGAUUCACCGUCUCUACAGAUUCCCAUUAAAGUUGAAGUAACUCUGGGGAAUGGAAUGAACUCUGCAUAUGAAAAGAGUUUUUAAACAGUGAGAUAAUGCAAUGUUUUGAGGAGCCCUAAAAAAACUGUAGGUGGAUGAUGAAGACCAGAUGCCUAGGCGUAGCUUCUCAGCAGGGUCUAGUAGUAGGUUGUUAGAGAUGUGGGCCAUUCGGCCUAUGAACUAAAAUGGUUGGCUGUCAUUCGACUCCAAAAUGAAAUUAGAAGCUGCAAAACAUUCUGAUAUGUGUAUAUCUGCUAUUAGGUAAAGUGUCCCUUACUCACUUCCUAAUUUGAGUUCACUAAGUUUUCCAUAUAGAAAUCUACCAUAUAUAUAAAGUGUGGAAGGAGUUAAGUAGGUCUUAUUUUCGUGUAUACAGUGCACUUCAUAAACGUGGUGGUCCACUUCUGAGGACAUCAAGAGGGG